UCCAAUACCGUUGUUGUUUUCACACGACUCGCAAAUGAUGCAACGUGAACGCGUGCGUGGCAUAUAUGAUUUCCUAUGUUCUUUUUAUCUUGUCUUUGAAUGUAAAUCUUGUACACAGCAAUGCAUGGAAAGCAAGAAUGAAUGAAGUUAGCCACAUUAGGAGUCCUUUAGUUAGAGCAGUGUAUCAACGUUUGAAAGAAGACGAACGACAACGAAAUGACGAUCAUCAUUAUUGGUACAGCUUUGACAGAGCCAGAGUGUCAGCCGAUGUUUGUGAGUGCUUCAUUCAGUCCCAUCAGGACGCAGAAACCGAGCAAUUCCUGUCCAACUGUUACGAGAAAGCUGAUUGGAUAUUUACACAGCUUUAUCACUCUAUUGCCAAGUCCAUCCUUAGCUGGUUUAUGACCAGCACUUCAAUCAAUGGACUUCUCCAGCGAGGUUCAAUGUUUGUAUUCUCUGAUGAACAACUGAGGCAGCUUCUACAGAUUGGAGUGGGAUGGGAAGGACAGAACAUGCUAGAUCUAGGUGCAGGAGAUGGACGGGUGACUGAAAAAAUGGCCAAAUACUUCAGACAAGUUUAUGCUACUGAAGUGUCCUCAACAAUGGUAUGGAGACUACAACAGAAGAACUACAAAAUCCUUGGGCUGGAUGAGUGGGACAAUGGUAGUGUCUCCUUUGAUUUGAUUAGUUGCCUCAAUCUUUUGGACAGAUGCAACAAGCCAAUGACAAUUCUUCACUCUAUGAAGAGGGUGUUGACAACUGGUGUAGGAAAAGCUAUAGUGGCAGUGGUGCUGCCAUUUAAACCAUAUGUAGAACAAGAUUCAACGGAUCACGUACCUGAGGAGAACUUACUGAUUCAGGGACAAGGCUUUGAGGAGCAAGUUCAGUUCUUCAUCAAAAAAGUGUUUGAACCUGCAGGUUUUGUCGUAGAAAAAUUCAGCCGACUGCCUUAUCUUUGUGAAGGAGACCUACACCAAUCAUUUUAUGCACUAGACGAUGCAGUAUUUGUCAUUAAACCAAACUCUUGAUAAACAAAAAUCAAAAUUGGUGCAGCAGAAAGUACCAGUAUUAGAUUCACCACAAAGUGCCUGAAUUGCAAUCCCCAUCUUCAUUUGAAGCCUGUAUACAGUUACAUUAAUACUGUGCAACCAGAAAUUCAAACUGCUUUGGGAGUGAAGUUGUGUGAUUAACUGGAAACUGUCAGAAAGUAGUUCUUUUAAAGCUGUAUGAAACUGGAUUAUUGAUACAAUCUAGGUUACUGAGAGGCAAUUUUAAUUUUCUUUUGCCAAGAGUAUGAAAAUUUGAAGUGUUGUCUGGUCCUCAGGUCGUUUAUUGAUAACUUAGACUGUAAUUUUGGGAAGUUUUUAACAAUUACUAUACAAGCUAAAGAACACUGUAUUACAAGCAUAUUGUACAAAACUGUGGUGCUAAAUGAUCUUCCCUUUUAUAUUCAAGGUUGUACUUUUAAACCAUUCAUGUAUGCACUUGCAUAAUAUAUCUACAGUAAUGAAUGAUUAUACAUGAAAUGAGUCUACAAUGUUAUUUUAUCUCAAUAUACUGAAGAUGUA